GCUUGUCACGUCUGUCGUCAGGUAGGAGGAAGUCCUCGUCCGGCUAACUAGCCUCCCAAAGACAAAUAAUACCUGAAUAAAACCACGACCAGGACUAAAACAAUAUGGAAGCGAAUAGACCAGUUCAGACAGCAGGCGGAGACGUCACUAGACCAGAAGAGGAGGCCAGAAAGACUGCAGCCAGGGCAGCUCACCACCUGCCCGAAGUUCGUCUGGUGGUGCUGGGCUGGAGGUGGCCGGGGAAGAGCCUGACCGGAAACACUAUCCUGGGCCGAGAGGAGUUUCGCUUGGAGCGAGCAGCCGAGUUCUGUGUCAAGAGACAGACAGAGGUGCAGGGGCGGCAUGUGACUGUGGUUGACACUCCAGGAUGGUUCUCCGCCCAGGAUACGCCAUCCUCCUACAAACAGGAGCUAGUGAGGGGAGCAUCUCUCUGCCCUCCAGGUCCUCACGCCUUCCUGCUCGUCAUCCCUGUGGGCAUGUUCACAGAGGUGGACCGGGCUCGCAUCGAGGAACAUGUGAGCCUCUUUGGCGAGCAUGUGUGGAAGCAUACCAUUGUGGUUUUCAGCUGGGCAGAGGUGUUGAGGACCAUUUCAAUCGAGAGGUACAUCCGCAGGGAGGGCAAGGAGCUGCAGUGGGUGUUGGAAAAGUGUAAGCGAAGGUACUUUGUCAUUAAUAACUGCAUAUUCGGGGAGCAUCCCCAGGUGGGACGCUUGCUGGAAAGAGUGGAGAAGAUGGUGGCAGAGGAUGGGAGCUACUACAACCCAGAGGAGGUGGAGAAAGAGAAGAAACCUCUGGAUGAGAACCAGAAUCCAGCCAGGGAGGCGCGGGAGCUGGGGGCACGGCCCAAACAGAACUCUGGGCUGGGUUUGUCAAAAGCUAUGGAGGUGGAGCCGCUUUCCAGUGAGUGAUGUGUUCAUCUUGGCUCAUGUGAAAGUCAAAGUGAAUUUUAGUAUGUUGUGAGUUCCUUCAACAACUUUUCUGUUAAGCAAAUAUUAUAAUUAAAGCCUCUGUGUAAUGAAUUUGAGACUUUAAAGUGGCUGGAAUCAAUAUUAUUAUGUUAACAAUGGACUACGACUACUAAUAAGUGAAAGUGGUCUCUUGUUGUGAUGAACUCACACAAAAUCAUCACCUGUCUCUGCAGCUCCCCUCAGCUCUACCAAGCUUUACAGCAUCUUUCAUCUUAUUAUUUUGUUUUUCCGGCCCACAUCUUAGAGAUUGUCUGUCUCAUCAGAGCGCUUUGUAUGAGAGCAGUGACAGUCGCAGCACAUAGAACCAAAACAAUGAGCUAAAAUGCUCUGCAGAGCUGGGAGGAGCUACAGAGUCAUUUCUAGCCAUUAUGAAUGACAUCAUUCACAUUCCCCACUAUAAUAAAAGUGAUAUGACUUUAGUUUACAACCCCCAGUCGAAAAAGCUGGGACGCUGUGUUAAACAUUAACAAAACAGAUUGUGAUAACUUGCUUAUCCCUUUUGACAUAAACUCAAUGUAAAACAAUACAAAUACAAUACAGUUAAUGUUUUACCUCAUCAGCUUCAUUGCUUUUUGUAAAUAUCUGCUUAUUCGAAACUGUUAUGCAGCAUCACAACUUUUUGGGGUCGGGGUUGUAGCUAAACGCAUGUGAAUUAAGAUCGUAUUUUGCAGCUGUUGUCAUAAUGCAUUUUUGUGAUUCUAGAUUAACAGGACACUCUUGGCUGAAGGACCGUCUAAACCACAACUAACAGAGCCUCUGCCUUAAUGUACCGACGGCAAAGCUGCUUAUGUGAUGAGACAGAAAAGGGUAAAUAACAGAAAUGUUACUGAAUGUAUAAACCAGUGUGAUUUAUUUAUUUUUUCAAUCAGACAUGUUACCGUGUGUUUGAGUUGUGUGCAUUCUUUACGAUGCAGUAUAUUUUAAUUGUGAUGAGGCCUUUUUUUCAUGCUGUCCAAAGAUUUAUACUCCCCUGUUUUAACAUAAAAUGAUAUUUUGAACUUAAAUUAGGGGGCUGUUUGUAGGUUUGUAAGUGUCUUGAGGGUUGUGUGAUGGGAUGGAUUUAAUUUAAUGUAAACAAGGAAGCACAGGCUGUUACACAGGUAACAUCUUUUCUAAACCCAGUGUGUACUGAAUGCUCCUUUUUCAGGGUGGAUACCAAUUUAAGAGCUGCACUAGUAAAUUGUUACUAUAAUAUUCUGUCAAUGGCUGUUGAGGGAAUUGCUUAUUUAACGAUUCCCAUUUGUUGUGACCAAACUGUAAAUGCUUUUCUCUUGUUGUAAUGUUUAUUACACUCUCACUGUACUGUUAAAAAGCACUUGAGCAGUUAUUGAUUUUUUUUGUCUUUUGCCUUAAAGAAUUGAUUUGGUUUCCCUUAAAUGGAUCUGUCAGCUGUUUAUGUCACUUUGUGGCAGAGGGAUCUGCUUGAGGCAAGGAUGGGCCAUGUAGCAUGUAGAGCUGCAACGAUGACUCGAUGGACAAAAAAAUAAAUUUGCAUGACAUUUUAUUGCUCAAACGAUUCGUCAGAUAACUGCAAAAAUAUUCUGCAGAUUAAUCAUUAGAAUAGUUCGAUGCAGAUUGUGUUUUUUGCUGCUGAGCCGACCUGAUAAGGCCUCCACACAGAUGCACUCUUUUCAAUUAAUCAGAGAAAGAAUCCAUUUAGUUUGGAAGUCAGUGCAGAGGUGCUUGAAAGGUGACUCUCUCAGUACAAUACUUGUUUAGAGGGCACCUUCUCUACUUUCCUACAGUUUAAAGUUGGCGCUGUGUGACUGUGCUUUAUGGUCUCAGUGAUCAAAGUGUUAGUGGCAGCUAUUUCUACAGGACAUCAGAGGUUUCUCGGGGGGUAUACAGGGGACCUAAUGAAGGGAGUCAGACAUUUCCAUUCAGGAAAAACUACACAAGGACAUAGGCAUUGUUGUUGUCUUCCUUUAUGAAACCACCCUUUGAACCGUUUGCUGAAGUGCUUCUCUAUGAUAUCCACUGUCUUAUUGGCUGUUGCUCAGAGAGCUCUGAGUUGUAGAUGGUUACAGGUCUGAGCCGUGUGACUGAGACUUUCUUAAAAAGUCCUACAUAGUUCCUAAAUAUCCCUUUGUAAAGAAUUUCUACGUGGUUGUCACAUCUUUCUAAUUACCCUGUGGAGUUUUGUGAAUACUAGCAGCACUUUGGACCAGUGACAGAUGGUUGGCAGUGGUAACGUGUGAGCAAACAGGACGACGUGCCAACAAAGGUAGUGCAGAAGAAGACGGCUCGUGAGCAGACAGGUUUAAGCUAACGUUAACUUAGAAGAGGAAAUGUCAUAUUUCCACCAUGUUUUCUGCAUUGUUUUUCACUAUUUGAGGUUCAACUAGCGCUCUCAGAUGUCAUCUUGUUGUGCCCUCUUCUUCUGGUCUUAUGGUUUCCAGACUACAGAAUUGGUGCCACCUACUACUUUUCUCAAUGAACCUCCUUAUUAUCGCAUAACUACGGUGGAUGGAAACGAGUAUUCAUUCACAUUUUCUUCUGCUCAUUCUCUCAGAAUUCGGUUAAAAUUUGGCACACAUUUGAAUGGAAGCACUAAAUGUAAACAUAACUUUUGUUUGUUUACAAGAAAACUCCACUGGGCACCUUUGGGGUUAUAGAAUAAUGGAAAUCUUGUUGAAAACGGGUGUAGUCUUUGGAUUCCAGCAGACUCUGCGAGACCCAAACCUUCCAACUCUUCGUUAUGUGUUCUGUCUUCAGAUUGCAGUGGGCCUGAGCUUGGUGAAAUACUGGCAUGUUCUACGGGGGAAUAGCUACGUUAAGGACUCUUCUGUAGACAGCCAGCUGGGAAUCAUGUAGCUCCUCUUCCAGCAGAGUCAGCUGCUCUGGACAGACCCUCAAAUCUACCAUGAGGAGGCGUGUCACUGUUUGCUUUUUUUGUAGGCCCUAGAUAGCUCAGUUGUCUUUUGUUAGCCACACUGAUCACCAGAUUACUACUGUACUGUUACACCACCAAAACAGCCCAGUUUAAUCACUCCAGCCCUACUGCCUGUGUGUCUGUUUAUGCCAUAAACUUUAUGGGGCCAUUAUAGGACUGGCCUAGCUGCACAAAGUAUAAACAGGUCAUAAAUCUUUGCCUUAAACAUCCCUCCACUGCAGAUCAUUUCACACAUAAUUAUACUGGUUUUGUUUUAGUUAACCUGGUAAAAUGUAGGUGGGAAUCAGGUACUAAUAACAUAUCUAGGGUAGCUGUUAGUUUCAAGCAUCCAGGUUGGAAAUUAGUGCCUUCAAUAUUUUGUAAAUGUCACAGAUCACUUCUCACUCUUGGCCCUCGGGACGCACAUCUGCUGGUUUUCGCUCACCAGCAAAGCCUCGAGAGCCAGUAUUUUAAACUGACUUAAAGCCUUUAGGACUGCUGUAAAUGUAGUAGAUUUCUUUGUUUGAUUUCUUGAAAGAAUAUGUUGGUCUUGCAUGAAUAUGUUAAUAAUAUCUAAAGUACAGCAAACCCCAUGCUUUAAAUUUAGAUGUGCUCUAAGACUGUUUCACCCCUUGUGGGCAAAUACAGACAUGUUUGUUGACAUUUAAUACAAAAAUAUGAGACAGGAAACAGGGGACCUGCUGUACACUGGUCCCUAAAGGACUCAAUAUUACUCAUAUUUUAUUUUAAAUUCAGGGGUUAGAGAAAAACAUGUCAUGAAAAAGGACUCAAAUGCUAUAUAUCCACAAUUACAAACACUGCUACCGUUGUAAGUCACAGUAUGUUUGGUUAAAUGUCACUUCAGUGGCAGUCAGCACUCUGAUAUGAGCUUUCAAAGCAACAUGGACUAAUGCACCAGUCGCAAAACAGCUGAAUUAUUUAAUAUAUAAAGGCUGAAGAGUCUUAAAAUCACCACAAAAUGCCAAACACAUACAUUGGAAACAAACAUCGGUCACAAAAUAAGGUCAGGAAACAGAACCUGCUGUUAGACAUGCAACCUAAUAUAGCCCCCGUUUGUAGCAGUGUUUGUAAUGGUGACUUAGUUACUGUCUAAGUUCAGCAUGGGAAUCAAGUUACUCUUAAGAAAUUAAUGAAAGAGUCGUCGUCUCUCUGAGCUGAGUCUCUCUGCAACAUGUCUACCGUCUGACACUGCUUACAGUUGACUUGUUUGUGAUGGAAUUUUAACAAUAGCUGCACUGUGUUGUUUUUCUAUUAGGUCUAAAUAAAUGUAUAUUUUG